AGCGACCCCCUGGGCGCAGCCGCUUCCCGAUCUCCCUCUCCCGGGGCUGCUCGUGCCUGCGGUCUUUCCUAGGCCUUGAAUCUCGGCCAGGUUUUCGUCAGAGGGUCCCUCCGGCGCGGCCGCUCCCGGGCCGGCUGUCGCCGUGUGCGACGCUUUGUAUCGCCUCCCGCCCUUGCAUGCGAGCGGGGUGGGGUGGGGGGUGCGCCGGGAAGUUUGGGCUUCCCCGAACCCCUCCGCCUCGUCUCAGCCGGGGCUGGGGAGCUGGGAAGUUUGGGAGGCGUCGGGACGAGGCUCCGAGGUGGGGGCCGCCGACGACCGCGCCUCUCCGCGGGACUCAGAGGGGAAAGGGCCCCCGUCAGCAGCGAAACUCUUUUCACCCGGUUCGUGGCUCUGCCGGUCCCUUCCUGCGUUUGCGGCAGCCCCUGGGCUGCACAAAGGAACAGGCGUCCGGGCGCAGCUCGUCCUGCAGCGCGCAGGAGGGAUUGAUGAGCAACAGCGUGCUAGGCGCAGGGGGGGGCUGCCGUGGGCCCGGCCGAGCCCCGACCCCCGGCCGGCAUCGCUUUGCCACGACCCGGCCGCGGUGGGUAGCGAAGGGUUAAACAGCAGCUUCUGCUUGGAAUGGGCUUAACUCCUUUCAUUGCACCUACGGAGAUGAACAGCCUUCGAGAAUGAAAUGAUGUGUCCCCAAGAGGAGGCUUAACGUCUUUCUUACAGGAGCUCCGAUCUACAACUCCUUUGGACGUGAACAUCUGAGAAAUGAACAAAUUACGGCAAAGCUUUAGGAGAAAGAAAGAUGUCUAUGUCCCAGAGGCCAGCAGGCCUCACCAGUGGCAGACGGAUGAAGAAGGCGUUCGUACUGGCAAGUGUAGCUUUCCUGUUAAGUACUUGGGACACGUCGAAGUGGAUGAAUCCAGAGGAAUGCAUAUCUGUGAAGAUGCUGUGAAGAGGCUGAAAUCUCUACCUACAGUAAUAGCGCUCGACUUGUCCCCCCUGUUCCUCCAGGAAAGGAAGUUCUUCAAAGGCUUCUUUGGAAAAUCUGGGAAGAAAGCCGUGAAAGCAGUGCUGUGGGUGUCUGCGGAUGGACUCAGAGUCGUAGAUGAGAAAACAAAGGAUCUUAUAGUUGAUCAGACAAUAGAGAAGGUUUCUUUCUGCGCACCAGACAGGAACUUUGACCGGGCCUUCUCGUACAUCUGCCGAGACGGCACGACGAGACGCUGGAUCUGCCACUGCUUCAUGGCUGUCAAGGACACGGGGGAAAGGUUGAGUCAUGCCGUGGGCUGUGCCUUUGCAGCAUGCCUGGAGAGAAAGCAGAAGCGAGAGAAGGAGUGUGGAGUGACUGCCACCUUUGAUGCCAGCAGAACCACAUUCACUAGAGAAGGGUCAUUCAGGGUCACUACAGCUACUGAACAAGCAGAGAGAGAGGAAACGAUGAGACAGAUGCCGGAUGCUAAAGUUGAAACAGAAGUGAAAACAGUAGCACCAGGUGCUGCACCAAACCCCACUGCCCCUGCUUCUGGCUCACCAACCUCUCCUACUGCUGAAGCCACGGCCUCUCUGGAUAAGGAAACAAGCAAUCCCCACGCCAUCCCACGGAGGCAUGCCCCCAUAGAGCAGCUUGCCAGGCAAGGCUCUUUCAGGGGCUUCCCUGCCCUUAGCCAAAAGAUGUCUCCUUUUAAACGCCAGUUGUCGUUGCGAAUAAACGAGCUGCCUUCAACGGUGCAAAGGAAGACUGAUUUCCCCAUGAAAAACUCAGUCCCUGAGGUAGAAGGAGAAACAGACAGCAUCAGUGCCCUGUGCUCUCAGAUCACCAGUGCUUUCAGCACGCCGUCAGAAGAUCCCUUCUCCUCAGCCCCCAUGACAAAGCCCGUGACGGUGGUCGCGCCACAGUCUCCCGCCUUCCAAGUUAAUGGCACUGCCUCUGCCUUCUGUGUGCUUGCUGCUAAACCAUCCCAAGCUGCUGUAGUGUCCACAGCUAUGCCAGUUCGGGAAACCAAUCCUUGGGCUCAUGCUCCUGCUGCUAAUACUGGAGCUGCAGCCGUGGUCACUGGCCCCGAAUGGAGCGGCACCUCCUCGGCUACGGGCUCACCCAGCCUCUUCCAGGGAAACCACAGGCGUACUCCGUCCGAGGCAGACCGCUGGUUGGAAGAGGUCUCAAAGACUGUCCGUGCCCAACAGCAGCAGCCUGCCCCGACCCCCCCAGCCCCACAGCCGCUGCUCCAGCCCCCUCCAGCACCGUCCCAGGCGGCGCCGGCCUUCCCCGUCAGCACCUUCAUCGCGCCUCAGCCCGUGCCCGUGGGCGUCGUGCCGCCCAUGCAGCCGGCCUUUCUCCCAGCUCAGCCCUACGCCGUCCCCAACGGCAUGACCUACGCGGCCCCCAGCGUGCCCGUGGUUGGCAUCACGCCUUCCCAGAUGGUGGCCAACGUCUUCGGCACGGCGGCCCACCCGCACCAGUCGCCCAGCCUGGUCAAACAGCAGACGCUCCCCCAGUACGAGAGCGGCAGCGCAGCCGGCAGCCCUUUCUUCAGCCCCCCCGCUCAGCACAACGGCUCCGCGGCCUUCAACGGGGUGGAGGGGGGCAAGCGGGGCCCCGAGGACAAGCCCCCGCAGGGCCCCGUGCCGCAGGUCGACCCGUUCGAAGCGCAGUGGGCGGCGCUGGAGAGCAAGGCCAAGCAGCGCACCAACCCCUCCCCGACCAACCCCUUCUCCAGCGACCUACAGAAGACGUUUGAGAUUGAACUUUAAGCGGUUCGGGGUCGGGGGGGGGAUUAAAAAAAAGAGGGCAGAUGGCUAAAAUUGUACAUUAGGAUAGAGGGGUAAAGGGAGCAGAGGGGACUGUUUCUGAAUCGGUUUGCUUUGAUAAUCCCAAAGGGUCCCUUUCCAACAACACAUGGGGUUAAGAAAGAGGGGAGCAGUUCUGGGGAGGACAUAAACACACAGAGAAUUUCACGUGCAGUACUUCAAAAGGAAUCCUGGAGCCACCCCUUGAACGCUGGAAGUCAACCAGAGCAAAGAAAGGCACCCACUCCCCAAGCCUGUUGUGCAGAAACAACACCCGUCUCACAGAAAGGAAGGCAGGUACCUGUGUCCUUCUGAUGCCCUGUGAGCCCUUGGCCCCUCAGGGAUGGGGGUGGGUAUGGGUGGGAGGUGAGAUGAUUGUCACCUGCUUAGCACACACAAAGAAGUGCUGAGCUCGUGGGUAAAAAAAGUUGAGCUUCCAUUUUGAGUAACAAAGUGAAUAUUAUAUGUAAAGAAUAAAGUAAAGCCAAAAUCUUUAUUUUUAUGCAUUUAGAAUAUUUUAAAUAGUUGGAUAUUAAAAGCUGUAUGAGUUGUAAGUAAUCUUGCCAAAGGUUAAAACACAAACAGGGGGGUUGGAUGUAAGAAAUUGUACAUAAGAUUGAUUUAUCUCUGAUUCUUAUUGUAAGUAAUAUUGGGGUUGUGGGAAGGGGAGGGGGGUGGAGCAAGGGGGGGCUGUAGCUUGUUCUUGUAUCUGUUCAUUGUAAGUAGCAUAUUGCAACAACAAUCACAACCAAUACGUCAUUAUAUCGUAGUUUUAACUAAAGGCAACUUAAGAACAGUAUUGUCAUGGUUGGAAAACCAUGGGGGGGAAACCCUGGUUUGUAUCAGAAUCGAGCUACAUAUUAUCUAUAGUAUGGGGAGGGUUUUGUUUUCCUUUCAUAUGAGUUGCUGCAGUUUCUUUGUCUUAAUCUAUUGGGUUCUAACACUACUGUGACAACUUACUGUAAUCAUAUCUCUAGACCCCGGGGGCUGCCUGGGAAAUCAUUCCAACGUUUGUCUGUCACUAGAUCUUAGAGGUUUAUAACUCCUGGUUUGCUUUUACUUUCCCCACUGACUUGUGAAACCUCGUGGCUACAAGGCUGCAGCAGCUGGUCCAGGUUCUGCCUCUGGUGACUUGUGAAAACCAUCUCAUUUUAACUUUACUUUUAAACUUUGGCCUUACAAGCAAAUGUAAGUUAUAUAUAUUUGUACUGAUGAUUUAUAAUCUGCUUUAACAGAAAUAAAUGUUGGUGGUAGAA